AUCUUUCCAACCCUGGGAUCAAGCCCAUAUCUCCUGCAAUGCGCUGAAGAAAAUUCAUGGGAACACACAGUGAGACGGUGAUCACCUACUAGUAGGAGAAGAAGCCCCAGAAUGAAACCUUACCAGCACUUUGACCUUGGACUUCCCAAAUUCCAGAACUGUGAGAAAUAAAUGUGGAUGAAGAAAACCACAAGGCCUGGAGGUGUGGCAGAGCUGCAGGAUGAAAGGAGCCUGGCUCCAUAAAUGGCAACAUGGAGGAGAGUCACCUGUGGGCCAGGAAUACCCACAAAGGACUGUUACAUAAAUGAAAGAUAAAUUUCUAUCGUUUGAGCCUUUAUAUACUUGAUAGUCUGUUGGUAGUCUGUACAGUAUUCUCCCCUUAUCCACAGUUCCACUUUCCAUAGCUUUAGUUACCCAUAGUCUACCAUAGUCUGAAAAUAUUAAAUGGAAAAUUCCAGAAAUAAACGACUCAUAAAUGUUAAACUGUGCAUCUUUCUGAGUGGCAUGAUGAAGUCUUGCACCUCCCCCUCCAUCAUGCCUGGGACAUGAAUCGUCCCUUUGUUCAGCAUAUCCUUUCUGUUAGUCACUUAGCAGCCAUUUUUAUUAUAACUUGAUUGUAUCAGUAUGUCAGUGCUUGGGUUCAAGUGAUACUUAUUUUAUUUGAUAACAGCUCCAAACUACUAGAGUAGUGAUGCUGGCAAUUUGGUUAUGCCAAAGAAAAACCAUAAAGUGCUUCCUUUAAGUGAAAAGAUGAAAGUUUUCAACUCAGUAAGUAAAAAAAGUCAUAUGCUGAGGUUGCUAACAUAUGGUAAGAACAAAUCUUCUAUCCAUGAAAUGGAGAAAAAGAGAAAAUAAACUCAUGCUAGUUUUGCUGUUCUACCUCAAACUGUAAAAAUCACAGUCACAGUGUAUGAUAGUAUUUAGUUAAGAUGGAAAAGGUAUUAAAUUUGUGAGUAGAAGACAUGAAGAGAAAAUGGUACAGUACUAUCUGUGGCUUCAAGCAUCCACUAAGUGUCUUGAAUCAUGUCCACAGCUAACAAGGGGAGACUACUCCACUACAGUCAAUAUUACAAUUCUCUUUCCUUUUUCUCUAGAAAAUCCUUUACCUGUUCCUUCACCCUCUGAGUUGCUCUAACAACAAACUGCCUCUCCAGGAACCUAAACCUUCUAAGAACUGUCCUAAGAAGGUUUUCCCUUACCACUUUAUCAAGAUCUCCCAGGAACAGUUUGAGGCUUUACUGGGACUAUGAAUGUAGAGGACCUAUCUUGAUCUUCCUCUAAAGUGCCAGAAUCCCAGGGAAGCAAAAGAUAGAGCCAGCAGUGACACUCCUCCCCCCAUUUGGUUCUCUCUUCCUCUGCUUCCAAUCUUGGAUUCCCUUGUCCACACAACUGAGGAUUUCUACCACGUGAUGGUAAUUCUCAUUUCGUCUACUUUUGAGCAUCCCCAUGAGGGCCAAUGAUGGGAGUGCUAAGUCCAAGAUUGCCUGUUGUCACUGUCUCAAUUAGCUAUCACUACAAAAAUGCUACCUAAGCAGCCACCCAAGGACUAAACACUUUAAAACAAAACAGUGAUGUCUCCUUAUGUUCACAGGAUGGCUGUGAGCACAUGUCUCAUUCUGGAACCGAGGCUGGAGUGGCAGUGACUGAUGAGGCAUAUUUUGACAUGGCAGAGGACAACAGCUACCAAAGGUAGAUGGCAUCCACAGCCUGCCCUCUCAAUUUGACCCUGAAAGAAGAGGAAGAAGAAGAAGAGAUUCAGAGCCGGGAACUGGAGGAUGGUCCCACAGAUAUGCAAAAAGUCCGAAUCUGUUCAGAGGGUGGAUGGGUGCCGGCCCUAUUCGAUGAGGUGGCCAUAUAUUUUUCCGAUGAGGAGUGGGAAGUUUUGACAGAGCAACAAAAGGCUCUCUACCGGGAGGUCAUGAGGAUGAAUUAUGAAACUGUCCUGUCUCUGGAAUUCCCAUUCCCUAAGCCUGACAUGAUCACUCGGUUGGAAAGGGAGGAAGAAUCUCAGAAUUCUGACGAAUGGCAGCUCCAAGGAGGAACCUUUGCAGAAAAGGAAGAAUCCGACCUGAAGCCGCCAGAUUGGGCGGCCCCGAUGAACGCAGCCGCGCAGUUUCCCCAGCCUCAGCACCUGGAUGGCUUUGGCCUCCGUCUGCCUCGGGACAUCACAGAGCUGCCCGAGUGGGGCGAGGGGUACCCCUUCUACAUGGCCAUGGGCUUCCCCGGGUACGACCUCUCGGCCGACGACCUGGCCGGGAAGCUCCAGUUCAGCCGGGGCAUGCGCCGCAGUUACGACGCAGGCUUCAAGUUAAUGGUGGUGGAGUACGCCGAGAGCACCAACAACUGCCAGGCGGCCAAGCAGUUUGGGGUGCUGGAGAAAAACGUCCGCGACUGGCGCAAAGUGAAGCCGCAGCUGCAGAACGCCCACGCCAUGCGGCGUGCCUUCCGCGGCCCCAAGAACGGGCGCUUCGCCCUGGUGGACCAGCGCGUGGCCGAGUACGUGCGAUACAUGCAGGCCAAAGGGGACCCCAUCACCAGGGAGGCCAUGCAGCUGAAAGCUCUGGAGAUCGCCCAGGAGAUGAACAUUCCAGAGAAAGGGUUCAAGGCUAGCUUGGGUUGGUGUCGAAGAAUGAUGCGGAGGUAUGACUUGUCUCUGCGGCAUAAGGUGCCGGUGCCCCAGCAGCUGCCCGAGGACCUGACCGAGAAGCUUGUUACCUACCAGCGGAGCGUGCUGGCUCUGCGCAGGGCACACGACUACCAGGUGGCUCAGAUGGGAAAUGCAGACGAGACGCCUAUUUGCUUAGAGGUGCCCUCGAGGGUGACUGUGGACAACCAGGGGGAAAAGCCUGUCUUGGUCAAGACGCCAGGGAGGGAGAAACUGAAAAUCACAGCCAUGCUUGGUGUCUUGGCUGAUGGGAGGAAGUUACCUCCAUAUAUCAUUCUGAGGGGCACGUACAUCCCCCCCGGGAAGUUCCCAAGUGGCAUGGAAAUCCGCUGCCACCGGUACGGCUGGAUGACGGAGGACCUGAUGCAGGACUGGCUGGAGGUGGUGUGGAGGCGGAGGACGGGCGCGGUGCCCAAGCAGCGAGGGCUGCUGAUCCUGAACGGCUUCCGGGGCCACGCCACCGACUCGGUGAAGAGCUCCAUGGAGAGCAUGAACACCGACAUGGUCAUCAUCCCGGGAGGCUUGACCUCGCAGCUGCAGGUGUUGGAUGUGGUGGUCUACAAACCACUGAAUGACAGUGUGCGGGCCCAGUAUUCCAACUGGCUCCUGGCGGGGAACCUGGCGCUGAGCCCCACCGGGAACGCCAAGAAGCCGCCGCUGGGCCUUUUUCUGGAGUGGGUCAUGGUGGCCUGGAAUAGCAUCUCGAGCGAGUCCAUCGUCCAAGGGUUCAAGAAGUGCCACAUCUCCAGCAACCUGGAGGAUGAGGAUGACGUGCUGUGGGAAAUCGAGAGCGAGUUGCCGGGCGGAGGGGAACCGCCCAAGGAGUGUGACACCGAGAGCCUGGCGGAGAGCCACUGAGGGAACGCGAGCAAAUAGAACUGUGUUUGGAACAGUUGGGGAGGAAAAUGUUCAAGAAGAUUCCUCACAGCCUGAAUGCGCAGGGAAAGGAAUGCAGGAAAAGGCCGUGGUGCUUGAAAUAACCCAGGUCUGGACAGCAGCCUGAGCAUCCGGCCCUGGUAUAGAGCCCAACCCCAUCCCACACCACGAGGAGUCCGAAAAAUUGAGGACCCUUCAUUUCAUCAGAGACUUGAUUAGAAAAGAAACUGCUUCUACUUCUUGUUUUAGAAUUACAUUUAUAGAACCUGUAAAUAGGUGUGAACAAACGUAUUUCCUAGAGAAGAGACCAUUUGUUCAACACCAACAAGAAACUCAUCAUAUGGGCCCAACUCCACUGGUAUUCUUUCUUUGGAGAAAACCUCAAGUUAAUGUUUUUCCUUUUGCCUCUAAAAAUGCUUCAUCAGUAGAACCUGUCCCCACACAGGUCAAGACUGCAGAGAAGGCUUUGUAGAAAUGGUCAUUUAUGUACACCUGCUACUUACACAUUUCCUUUUUUGGAAAAAUGAGAUGCUAAUAAUGACAAAAUUCAGACAUACUGGCCUAGUGCCAGCAGAUGGCUUUUCUACAGACUAGGUUAGUAUGGAAGAUACAGAUUAAAAUAAACUAUGCUAUUUAUCUUCCCAAUCUGGUUGGCAGCUAGACUUUUCUAGGGUCUCAUUUAAUGGCCCUGUUUUUUGUUAUUAUAUAUUUAAUGAUAGGGUAGCAUUUAGUACACAAGCUUUUCUGUUUCUCAGGCUGCCUGCAGAAGUCACCAUAAAUUAUCUGCUGUCUACAUGGUACAAUGCUCAUUGACUCACUGAUACUGUUUGGUUCAUUCCUUUAAUAUUUUCAUCACAAGGGUGGUGAGAGGGCUUGGGCCUUUAGCCACAGCUGUUUCAGGACUUCUAAUCUUCUAUCCCACAGAAAUAGGUGGGAGAUCUUUGAAAUUUUACACUAUAGUAAUUUGCAUUCCCACAUAAAUUGAGUGUUAUGAAAACAUUCCAUCAAAGCUACCUAUGCUACAAAAAAAAUAUGCCAGAACCUCAUAGACAAAGCCAUUGCUAGAAACAUCAUUCCAAUGUCAGAUCUGGAUAACAGGCUACCAUAACCACUUUUCCUUCCUCUAGCCCCAGCUCAUUUAUAUAAUAUUCUUGGCAUCCUGAAACACCUAUUUCUACUCAGGUACUCAUUCCUAUUAGUGACCCACUUUCCUCAUUUUUUAAAACCAGUUUUCCUCCAAGAGGGGAACUUUAACUUUUGGUGUCUGAAUACUUUUCAAAGUUUGAAUUGUUUCCUCAUUUGCUUUUACCUGCACUGUAUUCUUUAUCAUCUCAAAUGGCAUCUAAAUCCAGCUACUUUUCAUUCCAGAAGUUUUCAUUCCCUCCAAUUCCACUUAAUUUAUCCUCCACUAUCCUGGUUCCUGGCUCUUUCCUCUUUAUGUCCUGUUUUACUUGUUUUGGGAGCUUAAAGGAUUUUGUAAGACCUGGUUUUUGGUUCCUGCAUUGGAGCCAUAGUUGUCUUGCAAAGAGUAGAAAACGGGUUCAACUCCUGUUUCAUCCCGCCAACACCUCCUUGAGCCUCAUCGUCAGCUGGUAGAUGACGCCUUACAGGCUGCAUAGCACUGGAACUUCCUAGAGUAAUGGCUCUAUUGUCAGGGUUUUCUGGGCUCAUUCUUCCACUGACUUAUGAUCUAUGCCUAACAGAGCCCCAGUACAACUAUUUUGCAGAAUGGCUAUUACCCUAGAGUUACUAUAGCACACAUUGAGACAUAGUUGUACUCCCCAGUAGAUAGGAACUGACUCUGACAAUAAACUUUGAUAAUAAAGACA